GUACAUGUUGUUGCCAUCGUUGCUAUGCGAGGUUGAGACGAGGGAAUAAUAUUUGUUGUGAUUGUCGCUAGUAAAUGGUACAGUUUUCUAAUAUUUUGUGUAUUCUAAAUUAGUUUCGAAAUGAGUUACAUAAAUUUAGGCAGAGACCUCAAUGGUCUACCAGCGAUAAAUUCUGCACGAAGAAUUAAAGCUUUAGAAGAAGAACUGCAAUGGUACAAACAAAAAGAAACUGGUGGAACAAGUGGACGCAUGACGCCGGUGGGCAUUCUAAAGUAUGACAGUAAAUAUGAUGGAAACGAUACACGAAGACAAGUGGUGGAGCUACAAGACCAGUUGAAAUCUUUCCGUGAGGAACUAAAGAAGAAGGAUUCUUUAAUACAACAUUUAGUCAGCCUUGACUCAGCUCCCAAAGUUCCAAGAGCACCAGAUUCAUACAGACUUGACAGCCUUUAUCUUGGAGAAAGGUCAGCAGUGGACAUGACUAGAAGUGAGCUUGCAGCAUUGCAAGUUAAACAUGAAAGAGCGCAAGCACAAAUCCGAGACCUCCAGGUAGAAAUGGAAGCUAAAGACAUUAAAAUCAAAGAACUCCAGAAUCUACUUGACGCAAAUAGGGAUUCAGAAUCUCGCCUUAGUAACAUGGUCACAUCAUUGCGAGAAAAGCUGGGAGAAUAUGAAUCUAGGGCAGGGUCAUUUGAAACAGUUGCCAACAGAGGAGAGUUUACGAUAUCAGCACUACAGCGGGAGAAUAGGGAGCUCAGUGAUAAAAUUGUGGAACUUGAGCAAAGACUGAGAAAAUCUCUAGAAGAUCGAGAUCAAGCAGAUUCCAAAUUAAUUAGUGAGAGUAGAAGACUUAACGAGCUUCUGAGUCAGAUAGGCAGCAUGCUGUACACAGAUGACGUAAUUGACACAUCGUCUUCUUCUAUUGAUGUUGUUGUUAGAAAGUUGAAUGACCUGAUACAAGAGAAUGCUAUGCUGAAGGGAAAAAUUUUAACAAUGAAUGAACACUUGAAUGAAACACAACUGGAAACCAAGGCUAGUAGAGAAACCAUCAUGAGGCUGGUCUCAGAGGUUGGCCGCGAGCAGAAGGUGGCCACCAGGUACACAUCAGACAUCGAGCACCUCAGACAGGAACGGGACAAUGCCAUGGCUGCAAGAAAGGACCUGGAGCGUGAGAUUGAGUUGUUGAAAGAAAGACUUGAUGCCAGCCAUAGAGCUCUUGACGCCACCAAAAACGAGCUGCAGCUGAAAGAAAGUCGCUUCCACAGCCUUGACCGCAAUUACCGUGAAACUGCCCACACUGUGAAGACAGCGAGCACCCAGUUUGACCUGUUCAGGGAACAGAUAGCCAACCUCCUCAGUACAUCAUACAACAACAUUGUCCCAUCUGAGGAGUGUAUCAAGGAAACAGUCAGAAGACUGGCAACUGAAAGAAAAGAACUGGGUCUGCGCCAAGAAGAAUAUGAGAGCCGCAUCAAGAAUCUUUCUGAGCAACUGGACCAUGAAUUGAGCAUUCACAGGGACAUGGCCCAAAGGGCGAAGAGGUUUGAAGUGGAAGCAGCAGAUCUGGCCGAGAGGCUCCGAAGUGCUGAGGGUGAGCUGGCGGCUGGCGACUGCCUCAGGGACGGCUUCAAGUUUGACAAGGAAAAAUACCUCAGAGGUCUACAAAAACUUGGGGAAAUUAUGAAGAUGGAUCGCAUUUCUCUAGACCUUGGCCUUGACCUAACAAUGGAUGCCCUGAUAGCACGUGCUGAGCAGCUGAUGAAGCUUGAAGCAGACGCUCUGGCUGAUAAAUCAACUCAUGUUUACAAUCUACAGCGAAAGGUCAAAUCUCUGAAAGAACAGUUAGAAAGCAAAGACUUACAUAUUGACUUGUUGCGUAAGAAAAUGACCAACUUAGAAGAGAGGGUUCAUGGACGUGUAGACUUUGAGAAACAGCGUGAGUCUGAGAGCAUUCGUGUCCAGAAACUGGAAAAACUGGUUGAGAAAUACAAGCUCCAGCUGCAAGACUCACGGCAUGAGGUUCAAAACCUCAAGGCUCAACUGCUGGGCUCUGGUGAACUCAAGGUAAGGACUCUAGAGCAACAAAAAGAUAUUCAAGAGCUGGCGCGUCAAAUUGACGAGUUAGAAGAGGUUCGCAAGCGCCAAUCAAAGAAAAUUUCAGAACUGAAAUCUUCAGUUGACACUAAUGAAUUAACACUCCAAGAAAAACGAGUUGCAUCAGAAAAUGCGGUGCAGGCACUCAGUAGUGAGCUGCGAACCACCAAGAAUGCACUGGAUAAUCUUAAAUACAGAGAAAAACAGUUGAUUGAUUUCCGAACUGUUGUGGCACGUAUGCUUGGCCUUGACAUCAACACACUGGCCGUCCCUGAUUAUGAAAUCAUCACUCGCCUAGAAAAGCUGAUCCAGGCCCACCACACGACUGCCUUCACCACCUUGUCCUUGGAGGAGGCCCUCCAGGACGUGGAGGAUGGAACAGCCCCACAGUACCGGCACAUUCUGGAAGCCACAGAUCCUGUUAUAGCCAGAUCUAGGGAAAGGUCGCGGAGGAAAGCAGCAAAGUUGAGAACCAGAGCUCGGUCGGUGUCCCCCAUGAGGCGAGAUCCACGAGUCUAUUAAACCUUAAUUUUCUUUAGGACUGCACUCCAAGUUUUGUUUUGUUGACACUGAGACCAAAACAUAACUCUUACAACAGAAAUAGCACAAUAAUUGUUAUAGAUUAUUUCCCUUUGUUUUUAAAAAAGGGACGUAAUCUCUCUUUUAUUAAAUCAAUAUACAAACUUUUUACAAUCAAUUUUGGUAAAUCAUCGAAAGAAAGGCUGUCAUAAUUUGAACAAAACAAAACAUGCUCUGUAUUCUAAUUCAAGCAUGAUGUAGUCUUAAAUCUAAUACAUUUUAUUAACAAUUUUUUAUUUAUCUUAUCUUAUAGUAAAGUAGAAUCAAAUAACUGUAUCAGAUGAAAAUUUUAAGUUACAACAAAAUAUAGCCAUGCUGCCUUUUCAUAUUGAAGGCUUUAAUUAUAAGAGUUUUGCCUUAAAAUACAGCCAAAUUAAGUAGAAUGAUAUACUAUGUUAUUAGUUUUUAAUCAGUUUUUACCUAUGAUUAACCUAAACGAAGUUUUGAAACAUUAAAAUGUAGUAGACAUAAUAAUAUCAUUUUGAGCAGGCUUGUCUGAUGUGACAGAGCUAUAAAUAAAUGUGUCUUACCUUAAAGCACUGGUCAUUUAAUUUUACCAAACAAACUGUGAUAAUACAUUCAUAUAUGUAACUUCAUUUACAACUUUUAGCCACUCUAUAUUAAUGGAAUCAAAAUUUACACCUUGAAUUAUUUAUAUUUUUUAAUUUUGUUGCACUUACUUCAUGCAGCAAAUGAAGCAUCCUAUUUCUUUAGAGUAUAUGUUCUGUUUUAUUCAUCUACUGUACUGAUGUAUUUAUGUUCCAUUCAUCUUCUGUAUAGUGUAUUCUUGUGUAGGGUGUAUUAUUUAUGUUCUGUUGAUCUUCUACACUUAAUUAUGUUCUAUUGAUUUUCUGUACAGAUAUAUUGAUUUUCUUCAUAUUUUGUAUUGAUCUGAUUCCAUUUAAUUAUUUUUAAUAAAAAUAUGUGAGGUUGAUAUAAUUAAUUAGAAACAAAAUGACUACCUUAACAAAGCCUGUCAUUUUUGUGAAUGUCAGUUUUAACCCUUGAACUCAGGAACUUGAAUAUUUCUCAAACUAUUUGCUUGAGUUGAGCUAUUAUCAUAUCAUCAGGAUAUAAUUUUAAAAGUUUUUAAAUUCUUAGUUUUUAAAAAAAAAUGUUUCAGGGUAAAAAUAAGACGUAUAUUGUCCAUCAUUUCUGCAGUAAUUUAAUAAAGUGCCUGUAUAAUACAAAUAAAAUGAAAAACGUUUGGUGGUGGAAUGUUUUGAGCCCAGCUAGUCCUAUAAGCUGUUAGUUACUGGACAGUCUCAAGUUAAAUAUCUAUAAUAUGUUCCCACUUUCAUCUCAGUAAACUUAAGUAUAACAUGAAAUUUAAAAGCUAUAUACACCGAAAUACGUAUUUAUAAACAACUAAAAUUGAAUAAUUUAUUACACAUAAUUUGAAAGUAAAUUGUUUUAAAUGUAUGAAUUUUACAUUCCAGUUAAGUAAUUUUAUUUUUUUACUGUAUACAUUUUACACACAUGUAUUUUUAUCAUCUGUAUUCUUGCACUGCACAAAAUUCAUGUAAUUUUUUUUUCUCAACUAUUGGACUAAUGCAUAUUUUAAUUGACCAAUGGCUCUUUUAUCUUUACACUUAGACUAAUGUAUAUCUAAAAUGAUCAAUGGUUCUGUUUUCAUUACAAUUGUACUAAUGUAUACCUAAAAUGAUCAAUGGCUUUUUUGUCCUAAUGUUGGGAAAUCAUGACUGUCUAUUUUAGGAACUGCGUGAUUGGAUUAAAAACUUGACAAUGAAGAAUGUAGAAAACAAUAUAUUUACUGAAUCAGUUUUGCCUAGCCCAGAUUAUUAUCUGUGAGACCUGCACCAGCUGUGGGAAAACAAUUGCUUACACCACAGACAGUGUUGCCAGAUUUCAUUGAACAAACAGGCCUAUGACAUAUUACACAACACCAAACAGGCAAAUGAAAGUUUGUCAUGAAUAGAAGUUUUAACUUGUUAAAGCACUAGAUAAAACCAAUAUUGGAAGUUACAAAUGCUAGCAGUAUGACAGGACAGAUUUGCAUUUUAUCUCUCGUGACCUCCUUAGUGCCAAAGCUACUGCAUCAUUGAUUUGUUUCAUUGAAAAUUUAAUUCAACUUUUUUAUUAGUUAUAAUGCAAGCACUACAUGUAUCUUAAAAACCCUGCACAUUUAACAACAAGGUUGUUUCUAUAACAACUAAUGUAAACAAGUCUUUAUAAUUCUUUCUUUCUUGUUUUUCGUUGAACUUCUAUAAGAAUAAAAAAAAAUACGAAAUAAGUGUAAAGAAUACAAGAUGAGGAUUUUAAAGGGCAAAUUGUUUUCUUGAAUUUAAUAAAACCUGUCUCUGUCUCAAUAAGCACAUACAGUUACAAAAUAAUUGUGUAUGUAAAAUGAUCUUUAUUAUUUGCUGUUUAUGUUUAUGUAUAUACAUAUGUUAUUAUUAUGCCACUAUUGUAACACUUCAAAUUCAUUUUAGAUCAUAAUACAGCAAUGUUUCCAUUAUUUUAGUUUUAAAUAUUAAAUAAAAUAUUACUUGGGCA